AUGACAACUACUGUUCCCUUAAUCUACUCAUUUCCUGAGUUUUUAGGAGUUGCUGAUGCUGUUGCCGACCAUGUAAUAUCUGCACAAAACAUGACAUUAUAUAAUACCUUGGAUGUUAAUCAAAUUAAUAUAAUAAAGAGUAAUAAAGCCGCUCGUCCUCAAUUAUUCAAUUCAUCUAGUUCCAUUGGGCCAUUCAACGGAACAGGAAAUGUGAUCAAAAAGAAGGAAAAAAAGAAGAGAAGCGAAGUUAGAUUUAAAAUUGCCAUUAGUGGAGGAUCCUUGAUCAAAAUUUUAAAUCAAGGAUUAUUACCAAGACAAGAGGAAAUCGAAUGGGACAAAUGGGAUGUUUAUUUUGCCGAUGAAAGAUUAGUGUCAUUUGAAAGUCAAGAUUCAAAUUAUGGACAAGCUAAAAGAGAAAUUUUUGAUCAAAUUACCGGGGAUCGGAAACCAAACAUUUAUCAUAUCAACGAAUCAUUAAUCAAUGAUUCUCAAGAAUGCGCUGAUAAUUAUGAAAAAUUAUUAAUUGAUAAUUUUGCUAAAAAGGAUAGUGUCAAAUUACCAAUGUUUGAUUUAUUACUAUUAGGUUGUGCUCCGGAUGGUCAUAUUGCAUCAUUAUUCCCUAAUCACGGAGAACAAUUACGGGAAAAAUUGGCUUGGUGCUUACCAGUUUCAAAAGCCCCUUCUGGUCCUGAAAAUAGAAUUACUCUAUCAAUCCCAGUCAUUUGUCAUGCUCAUAGAGUUACUUUUGUGGUUGAAGGUUUAACCAAAGCUCCAAUCAUGAGAACCAUCAUGGAAAGACCAGAAAAAGGCUUACCUAGUUCAAUCGUCAAUGAAGGUGCUGCUGGUAGAGUCACCUGGUUUGUCGAUGAUGAUGCUUUAAAUGAUUGUUAUGAUAUCACGAAAAAAAAAUAUAAGUACUUAAGUAUCGAGGAUCCAAAUUUAUAACUUUUUAAUGUCAAUGAUAACGGUUUUUCUUUUUUUUUCUGUCUGUCUGUCUGUCUGUCUGUCUAUCUGUCUGUCUUUUCUUUUCAUAUUGUUCUUUUUCUUUUCAUAUUGUUCUUUUUCUUUCCCUUCCCUUUUGUUGUCUUUACAUCGGUUACUCCGUUUUUCCUUU